AUGUUAGGUGCGUGUUUUUAAGGGCUAUGGCGGGAUUGGCUCCGCGUCUGGUCUCGUCGGUUGCUCCCCACCUACCAGGGCGGGAUUUGGAGCCCUUUCCCGCGGGGUGGGUUCUCUUAACGACCGACUUCAGCUGAGGAAACAUUUAAGUUUUGGAGGUAGCAACUCGAUAUCAUGGCCGGCAGCCCUAGUGAAGAUGCAGAAGGAAGCAGAAUCACUUAUGUGAAAGGAGACCUUUUUGCAUGCCCCAAAACAGACUCUCUGGCCCACUGUAUCAGUGAGGAUUGUCGAAUGGGCGCUGGGAUAGCUGUACUCUUUAAGAAGAAAUUUGGAGGGCUGCAGGAACUGUUAAAUCAACAAAAGAAAUCUGGAGAAGUGGCUGUUCUGGAGAGAGAUGGGCGAUAUAUAUAUUACUUGAUUACAAAGAAAAGGGCUUCACACAAGCCAACUUAUGAAAACUUACAGAAGAGUUUAGAGGCCAUGAAGUCCCAUUGUCUGAAGAAUGGAGUCACGGAUCUCUCCAUGCCCAGGAUUGGGUGUGGUCUUGAUCGUCUGAAAUGGGAAAACGUAUCUGCAAUAAUUGAAGAAGUGUUUGACGCAACAGACAUCAGAAUCACUGUGUAUACACUCUGAACAGAUGAGUGUUUUGGAUGUGUCCGUGUUUUCCUGUAUCAUCCCUACUGGGCUAUGUGACUGGGCAAACUGACCUAAAAAAAUUGUCAGAGGAAAGUUUCAUGUGAAGUUGCCUGUGUUACAGGCAAUGGUUAGGUUUCUGUAUUCCCAUGAUUGGACUGAGACUCUGGAGGAGAGAUUGCUUGGGAAAUGUUACUGUGAUUUUCCUCUUUUCUUUUUUUUUCUUUUUAGGAAGGUAGGUAAUAAAUAGCCUAAUAAUAGUUGGGGAACCAGAUGUUGGGCUAGAGGACCUCUGUUUUGUUCCAGGAUGCUACCUGAUUUGUUUGGCUUGUCACUAGGUGGCAGCAUUGCUUCUACUCUGCUGUUUUCAGAGAAAUUUCAGGAAGGAUGCACAUUUCAGUUAAUUUUGCAUCUUUUGGCAUUCGUGCAUUUACUUAGUAUUAUCCUUAUGUCAUCAAAUUUAUCCUAGGAGAGAAUUUUGAGGGUUUUUUGUUUGUUUAAAUUACAAAAGUGGACUGUUGCAACAUUGUUAAUAAGGAAUUCAUAGAGACCAAAAAAUUGGAAAAUAAAUAUUUUUUUCUUGGGCUA